AAAUAACGAUAAUACUCCCUCUUACGGAGGCGUUUGGAGACAGUGACGCAAGCAAGUCAGCAUUUUAAUUGAUCGCUAGGAUGCCUUUGAAGUGAGUCAUUUGUUAAAGCGAUAGAGGAAACGGGAAGAACCACGUAAAGCAAGAUUGCAAGAAUAAGAGUUCGAAGUGGACUUCGCGCGCUCAACAGCAGCAACAAGUGCUGGCGUCAGGACUAACAUAGACACAAGAGGUCGGACCGGGGCUGAAUGAUCCCACAUCGCGACGCAGGAUCACGCCUGAAUCUGCACCGUGUCCCUGCUUCGCAGUCGCGCUUCUCCGGGCGAACCCUAGUCCUGCCAUCGGCGGCACUGAAACUCUUACUUCUAACUUCACCUACCAGAAAAGGUCAGCAUGCCUGUUUCUAGCAGUGCCUUCAUUCCCACGGUAAACGCCAUAACCUCCAGCCCCGACCUGCAGUGGAUGGUCCAGCCCACGGUCAUCACCACCAUGCCCAGUCCCGGGCACAGAAUGCAUCUCUACGACCAGCCUGGUCCGUUGGGACACACCCGGCCUGGUGUCAUUUGCUCCGUUGGUCUCACUCGUGGGCGGUGCAAACGGGAAGAGCAGCUCACCCCAGAAGAAGAAGAGAAGAGGCGACUAAGACGUGAGAGGAACAAGAUGGCUGCUGCAAAGUGCCGAAGUCGCAGGAAGGAGCUGACUGAUCGACUCCAGGGGGAGACGGAGAAGCUGGAGGAAGAGAAAGCCGGACUUCAGAAAGAGAUCGAGACCUUGCAGAUGGAAAGGGACAAGCUGGAGCUGGUGCUUGUGUCGCACAGGUCAAUCUGUCAGCUGCCCAGUGAUGGCCAUCCUCAGGAAGAGCUAUCCGGUGCAUUGCCAGCAAGCCACACUUCGAAAGCAGUAGCGGUGAAGCAGGAACCCUUGGAGGACCUCUAUGACCAUGAGCCAUUGUCCCAUAAGCACCAGCUCUCUGUCAUCAAACCCACAUCCAUAGAAGGGAGAGUGAUCCGGGUGUGUCCCCCUGACAGGAGCAAUUCGCAUAGCCCUACUGUAGUUUCUUCUACUCCAGCUCUUACAACAGCAGAGCCCAGCUCUGCAUUUGUCUGCCCUGGUCUACCAGAGCAGGACAGCUCCUGGCCUGCUUCUGAGGCCUGCUCUAGCCAUCCCAGAAUGCAGCAGACUCUGGACUCCCUUCGCCCUCCUUCCUUCAUGCCUCUCUGACCUCAUCAGGGAUGUAAAAUUGAGAUAGGCACCCAUUCUUGAUUUUUUUUUUCUUUGAAUAAAAUAUUCUCAUCUACUUAAUAUAAAAUGUAUUUAAUAGUAAUUGUUUCUACAUCUGAUGUGCAAUAUUAAAUAUUGGAUACACCAAUAUAAAGGC